GUCUCAGGUUUUGUUGCUAUAAAAGUGUUAACGAAACAGAGGAGGAGAUAAGAGCAGCUGUUGCCGUGAAGAAAACUUCCUUCUUCUGAGAAUCUCUGAGCUUUUAUGGAAACACAGCAUUCAGCCAUGAAGUUUCAAAUCCUGUUUUUUCUCCUGCUGCUGACUUGCAUGUAUCCCAGUGUGGCACAAGGUUCCUAUGAAAACUGCUGUUUGAAUUAUGCAAAAGUAAAGAAGAGCAUCAGGAGACAUAUCGUGAGUUACAGAAUGCAGGAAACAGAUGGAGGGUGUAACAUUCCUGCUGUUGUCUUCAAGCUGAAGAAGUCAAAGACAAUCUGUGUUGAUCCAAGACUAUCCUGGGUACAACAAGUGGUACAGAAAAUGAAAGAGUAAAAUGCAGACACUAUGUAGUGUACGAGUUUCAGAGGCAGCUUUGAUCACGCCACUGCAGACCAAAUACAAAUGUUUAUAUCACCAACACACUAAUGUAACAAUGUGUAGUUUAUACCACUAUCAAUCCUGCUGAUUCAUAUUUUCUCCACCUAUGAAUUACUAUCUUCAUGCAGAGGUUCAUAAUGAACUGUAUUGUAUGGUCUGCUUCUGUUCAUUGUAUUAGAACAAUAUGAAUGUACAAACUGUGAAUGUUUGCUCUAUUUGUCUACAUGCUUCAUAAUGAUCUUUUAUAUGUAUAUAUAAAUAUAUUUCUUUUUUUAUGUUUUACUUCAUAUAACCUGUAACCAGCAUAGCCUGUGACUGUGUGUGUGUGUGUGUGUGUGUGUGUGUGAUUGAGUGGAUAAGAGGGCAGUAUGUAUACAUUUAAAGCAUUUUUUUAUAAUAAAGUGUUGCAAUUGUGCAUUUAAA